AUGGGAUUUUCAAUGAAUGUUGAACAAAUGGUCCACGAGGUGGUGGAUGUCAAAAAUGGGCAAAUAAAUCAAUAUUUGUUGGUGAAACUUUUGGAGGUUAUCGUGCGUCAGUCAAAUAUCCAUUCAUUAAAGGUCGAUUUUACCGAAAAUGAGGUCAUUCCACACCAAAACCUAGGCAGAACGUCCCUUGGCAAAAAACUUCCACAACGUAUUCCGGAAGUCAACUACGAACAAGUUUUAUUGUCCAUGGUUGCCCUAUAUCCGGUACAUCCUCUCAAGAGUUUUAUAGAACCACGUCUAGGGCCACUGAGAAGCACCACGGAGGACGAUGGCCGGAUGAAUGUAGUCAAACCGACAGUCGACAAAGUAAGGGAAGUAAUACAGUCCGUUUCCGGUGUCGGUGGGUCAUAUAAUACUGCAGAGUCAAACUCUGGGUACUCGAACCCGGUGAAACCUUCAGUGUCGGAAACAUCGGUACCACAACCAGGAUCAUCGACAACCACAGAACCGGUUACCACGGGAGGUUGCCCAGAGCAGACCUAUCAGCCGGAAUCCUGUAGUUGUUUGUAUAGUGUCGACAACUUUUGUGAAGGUUGA